AUGGUGUCCUCAGAACUGGGCCCGCAGCUGCAGUUCCUGACCGACGCCGCCCAUCUCCUGUCGGCCUCGGCACCCGAAACCUCUGCCUUUCUGAUGAGCAGGCGCACAGCUCUGCUGGUCGACCAUGAUGUCCCCAUAUCUGACCACCAGCGACAACAUGUCUGCAGCUGCUGUGGGCACAUCAUGAUCCCGGGCCAAGGCACCCAACUCAAAAUUGGGGUGGACAAGGCGCUCAAGGCCAGGGCCAGCAGGCAACCCAGGGCCAAAGGCACAACGCAGAGGCCAGGAGUAUCCAAGGUCUUCACAUGCGGUAGAUGCAGCAGGUACACCAAAUCGCAACUGCCUGCUCCCAAACCUCUCAAGGCCCGGGGCAGGAGCAGCAAGAAGGUGGGCCAGCAGAAGGUGCUACACGACAAGCGGCCAUCAGCAACGCUUGCCUCAGCAUCAGCAUCAGCAUCAGCAUCAGCGCCAGCGCCAGCACCCACUGAAGGGGCCAGGCUUUCUGCAAACGCCAGCAGCAAGAAGCGAGCCAAGAACCGCAAGGCUGGCCUGCAGGCACUGCUCGACCAGAGAUCCGGACAGUCCUCUGGUGCCUCCUCCGGCUUUGGCCUGAGCUUCGCAGACUUUAUGAAGAAGUAG